AGAAUAAUGUGGAUGAUCGGGGAAAAACUUGACUUGUGAAAAUUGAAUAAAAAACUUUAUUUGAGAUGGCCAGAGAACUAAAUGAAUAUGAGUUAAUAGAAUACCCAGGCUUGGUUAAGAAUACAGACAAAAUGAUCGCCACUUUGGGUGGCUUGACAAAGGUGUCACAGGCACUGGGUGGCGAGAAUAAGCGUUUGGAGCUACGUUUCCAUCCAGAAAAUCCAUUUAAUAAACCAUUAUGUGGUGAUGUUGCCAAACGGGCCGGUCUCUUGUUAUCCAUCAAGGUUCGCCGUUCUAAGCGCAAUCCAAAUAAACCACCACAAUUUGUGGUUAAAAUAUUAGGAUAUACAACAAAGAGUUUUACUUUCGAAAAUUUGUGUGAUUUCCAGUAUUUGCCAUUUGCACCGGAUCCCAAGGAGAAUAGUGGAGAAUUGAAAAUGGCUUUGGACUCGAUUGUACCUCGUUCGGUUAUAGAUUUGGACUAUUAUAAUCGUGAGGAUGUUCCCGUCAUAUCCUUGCCAACCAUAUUCGCCCGAAUGGAUACAGUUCAUACAGCGAUGUUUCGAGGGGAUUUUUCCAAAGAAGAUGGUAUGCAUGAAACAUUGGGAGUCCUUUCCAAAUCCAGUUACGAGGGACGUGAUACUGUGGCAUUUAAUAUGACCGACAGUUUUCCAACGCGACCAGAUCCACAAAUAGUAAAGAAAAUGAAAGUUAAAUAUGUGUCCGAUGAACAGUUGGAAAAGGUCAAAAAGUUAUUUGAAGAAUGUCCGAUUUGGACACGGAUAGCCUUACUCUACGAAUCGGGUGUGACACCAGACAAAUUAAAAUGUAUUAUACCCUCGUUGGCGUAUUAUUUUUCAACUGGUCCCUGGCGUACAUUAUAUGUUCGUUAUGGUUAUGAUCCGCGUAAAGAUUUCAAUUCACGUUACUACCAAACCUUUGAUUUUCGUCUAAGAUUUCGUUCUGGAGUAUCGGAAUUUGUAACCGACCGCAAAACAACCAUUAAGAAAAAGCUAGAGAACUAUGAAAUGAAUACCUUGGUCCAGGACAUUAAUUAUCCGUACUUUGAUGAACACAAAUUACCCAGAUCUAGACAAUGUAUAAUGCGGUACUGUGACAUACGAAUGCCCAAGAUACAAGAAAUGCUGGAAAAAAUUCCAUCACCCAUGGCGGGUGCUAUGUGCAAUGAACGGUCCGGCUGGUUGCCACAGGGAUUUGACAAUCAAGUACGGCAAAUUGUGAGCAAUGCCAUAAAGGAACUUCUCAAGAAUCACUAUCGUAAGGAACAAAUAUUAGCCGAAGUGGACUCAUAUGAAAAUGAGGAUCCAGAUGAUGCCGAGGAUGAGGAAUAUGAGGAGGGCGAAGAAGAAAACUAUAUGAACGACGAAAACCUUGAAGAGAUAUUGGACAACAUUCAAACGGAACAAGAGGAUAAUCCCAAAACAACUUGAUUUCGAUUGGGUGAAAUAUCUUUAUUUCUGUUUAAGCAUUUCCUGUAAGCUUUCAUGCUGUAUGGAGGGGGAAAUUAUUGUGGUAUCUGGUUGCUUGCAACUUUUACCUAAUAUUAUAAAUUAUACUUUUUUAUGUAACCAA